CCGCGUUUCUGAACUUUCGACACUAUUAAUUUGCAAUAACCAUUUAAUUCUCGGCAGCUGUUCUAGCCGAAUUCUCAACAAGUCAACAGUUUGUUGCUGCUGCCGAGUCAACCAAACACUAUAACUAUAUUUGAUCAUUUAGUCAGGGGAAUCUCGUGCCGCUAAAUAUAAUUAAAAGUGAAGAAAGAGCAUCGCUGAGCUUUAUUCAAUAAUCGAAGCUAGUCCGGUGAAGAUGCGUUUUUUCGCGCGAUCCGCGACAAUUCUCACGCUUUUCCCAGUGCUAUUGUUGUGCCGGCUAGGUGUGAAUGCCCAACAAGUUGAUCUAGCAGAGAUUGGCGAUGAGUGCGUAGUCCAAAGAACAAACUCCCCUGGCGUUUGUCGACUAGUUUCCGAAUGUGCAUCCGUGAUUGAUGACAUCCGAAACAGAAGAGGGGCCCCAACCAAGUGUGGAUUUUCAAACAAAGUGCAAGUGGUUUGCUGUUCGGAUGGAGUUCAGCUGAAGACGACCUCAACGGGAGCUCCGAUUGCCUCCUCCACCUUGAGCAUCCGAACACGAACAGUCGAAAAGUGUAUCGAGUACGGUGAGGCAGCUUUUUCUAAAGAAUACACCAACUCGUUGGGCGUCGGUGAAUCCAAACUGCAGCGAGUGGAUAGAUGUGGCCACAAAGCGGUCGAGCUGAUUGUCGAUGGCGAGGCAGCAAAGGCAAGAGAAUUCCCUCACAUGGCACUGGUCGGUUAUGGCGGCCUACCCACGGUGCAGUAUCUGUGCGGUGGUUCGCUGGUCUCGGACCGUUUCGUGCUUACCGCUGGCCAUUGUGUCAUUUCAGCCGAAUACGGCCCAGCAACCGUGAUUCGUCUGGGAGAGCUCGCUCUGGACUCCUCAAACGAUGAAGCCUUCCCGGAGGACUUCAAUAUCGCCGAUUUGAUUCCUCAUCCAGACUACAAGCAAUCCUCGCAGUACAAUGACAUCGCACUGAUGAAACUGGACCGCAAGGUCAUCUUCUCACCCUACAUUCGACCGAUUUGUCUUCCGACCGAUGGUGAUCUAGGCAACGCGAGAGCUAUCGCCACCGGAUGGGGUACGAUCGGGUACGGCGAAUCGACCAGUGCGAUGCUUCUCAAGGUAGUACUGGAUAUGUUCCCCUUCGACGAAUGUGUCGGACACUUUGAUGUCAACAGACGCCUAAAGGAUGGACUUCGACAGGAUAGUCAGAUAUGUGCUGGAUCGCGAAACUCCUCCAAGGAUACGUGUCAGGGUGAUUCUGGCGGACCACUUCAAAUCUACAACGACGCUAACGUUUACUGUACAUACACCAUCAUUGGAGUGACCUCUUUCGGCAAGUACUGUGGCCUGGCCGGUUCUCCUGGAGUCUAUACCAAGGUGUACAACUAUAUUUCAUGGAUCGAAAAUCUUAUUUUCUAACACAUGUAGAUACCGAUAUAAAACAAAACAAAACUUACCUCAACGCUGAUAAACGUCGCUCGUGAAUA